AGUAGCGACUAGGGAAAUAAGAAGGAAGGAAAGAGACCUGCGGAGCUUUGCGGAGGGCAUCGCGCUCCUCCUCCGCCGCCUCUUCCUCCCGCGGGAAGCUGCGGGCUGCCGCACGUGCCGCCCAGCCCAGGCUCCUCCCCUUCCCUCCCCCGGCCCGGGAGCGGCCAGGCGCUGCUUUCCUCUCCGCCUGCCGAGAUGGCGCUUGACCCCGCAGAGCAGCAUCUCAGACAUGUCGAAAAGGAUGUUUUGAUCCCUAAAAUAAUGAGAGAAAAAGCCCGAGAGAGAUGUUCUGAACAAGUUCAAGAUUUUACCAAAUGUUGCAAGGACUCUGGAAUCCUUAUGGUAGUAAAAUGCCGGAAAGAAAAUUCUGCACUGAAAGAAUGUCUGACUGCUCAUUAUAAUGAUCCAGCCUUUUAUGAAGAAUGCAAAAUGGAAUACCUGAAGGAAAGGGAAGAAUUCAGAAAAACUGGGAUUCCUACCAAGAAAAGGCUACAGAAGCUUCCCACAAGCAUGUAGGCAAAUACGCAGAUACUCAGAAGCUCUGACACUCAUGGAAAUCACUAUCACCUAAAAUAAUGGACUCAAGGAAGUGUUUGCUUUAUCCUAAAUUAUGGAAAUAUUAAUCUGAAAUAAAGAUUUUUUUAAAAAUU